AUGGUCGAUUCUGAAGAGGUCCCUUCGAAAGGCAUCCCCAGGACAGGAAGCUGGGAUCGAGUUGUUGUGUUUGAUCCGGAAAACGGUCAGGUCGAUGUGCGGGCUAGACGAGAGGUUCAGAAAGACGUGGACAAUGGCAAAUACCGAAAACUAAAGAUACCAAAGAGGAGAAAGAGCAUGUCUCUUUUUGUGGGGAAAAAUGAUAGUACAAGUUUGAAGAUUGAAGAAAAUCGAAAUGCGGAUGAUCGUUUUCUAGCGAGGCUGAGUUUGGACCAUCUGGGUUUCAUGAAUCGAGCUAUAUUCUGGCUUGGCAAUCUCACAACACUAUACGUUUCCGUUGCAUCUCGGACAGCUAGCUCAUAG